UGAUAAGAUAAAGACAAAGGAAAAAGGUAGGAGGCAGAGCCUGAUCUGAAAAGUAAGCUGCUUUGGGCUCCUACGGACAUGGCUGCCAGAUUCCUGGUUCCCCUGCCCGCGCUCACGGGGCUGUUGCUCUUCGUGUGUGUCGGACCCUGGGCUGAAGGUGGGAAGGUGCUGGUGGUGCCCAUGGAUGGCAGCCACUGGCUCAGCAUGAAGGAAGCCGUGCAGGAGCUCCAUGCCAGAGGCCACCAAAUGGUGGUGGUUUCGCCAGAGUUGAACCUGCAUAUCAAAGAGGAGGACUUUUUCAACAUGACGAGCUAUGCAGUUCCGUACACCCAGGAUGAGUUUAAUUACCUCCUGCUGGGCCAGAGUUACCUGAUUUUUAAAAGAAUGCCUUUUCUAACGAUGUUUUUGGAAGGUACGAAAAGUUUGAAAAGCGCUACUUUGGUUUUUCAAAGGUCUUGUGAGGCCCUGCUGCGUAACAAGGACCUGGUCAGGCAGCUGAAUGCCAGUUCCUUUGAUGUGGUUUUAACUGAUCCCGUUUACCCCUGUGGGGCGGUACUGGCUAAGUACCUGUCACUUCCGGCUGUGUUUUUUUUGCGUUCCAUUCCAUGUGACUUAGAUUUUGAGGGUACACAGUGCCCAAACCCUUCCUCUUAUAUUCCCAGGUUGUUAACAAUGAAUUCAGACCACAUGACGUUCUUGCAAAGGGUCAAGAACAUGCUCUAUCCUCUGGCCCUGAAGUACAUUUGCCAUAUUUAUUUAACCCCUUAUGCAAGCCUUGCUUCUGAGCUUCUUCAGAGAGAGGUGUCGGUGGUGGACAUUUUCAGCUCUGCAUCUGUGUGGCUCUUCAGAGGAGACUUCGUCCUGGACUACCCCCGGCCAGUCAUGCCCAACAUGGUCUUCAUUGGGGGCAUAAACUGUGGCCACAGGAAGCCAUUGUCUCAGGAAUUUGAAGCCUAUGUUAAUGCUUCCGGAGAACAUGGAAUUGUGGUUUUCUCUUUGGGCUCCAUGGUCUCAGAGAUUCCCGAGAAGAAAGCUAUGGAAAUUGCUGAUGCCUUGGGCAAAAUACCUCAGACAGUCCUGUGGCGGUAUACUGGCACUCCACCACCAAAUCUUGCGAAGAAUACAAUACUUGUCAAGUGGCUGCCCCAAAAUGAUCUACUUGGUCACCCGAAGACUCGUGCCUUUAUCACACAUGCUGGCUCCCAUGGCAUAUAUGAGGGAAUCUGCAACGGAGUUCCAAUGGUGAUGCUUCCCUUGUUUGGUGAUCAAAUGGACAAUGCAAAGCGCAUGGAGACCCGGGGGGCUGGAGUGACCUUGAACGUCCUGGAAAUGACUUCCGAAGAUUUAGCAAAUGCCCUGAAAACUGUCAUCAGUGACAAAAGCUAUAAGGAGAACAUCAUGCGUCUCUCCAGGCUGCACAAGGACCGCCCCAUUGAGCCCCUGGACCUGGCUGUGUUCUGGGUGGAGUUCGUGAUGAGGCACAAGGGGGCCCCACACCUGCGCCCAGCAGCCCACGAUCUCACCUGGUACCAGUACCACUCAUUGGACGUGAUCGGCUUCCUCCUGGCCAUCGUGCUGGGGGUUGUCUUCAUUGCUUAUAAAUGUUGCGCCUUGGGCUACCGGAAGUGCUUUGGGAGAAAAGGACGAGUUAAGAAAUCUCACAAAUCCAAGGCACACUGAGAAGGGGGUAGGGAAUGAGAUGACCCGAAGUUGCAACCAGACACAACAUUAAAUUCAUAUUCUGCUUAUUAAACAAAUGCUUAGCCCGGAGUGAGAUACCCCUGAAUGGUUUUUCAAAAUAAAAACAAUCUAAUUGGUAGUCACACCUACAGGUAGAGAUCUUGAAAGGUUUCUGCCCCCUUUAGUAUUUUUAAUCUGGACUACCCUUGUCCUCAUUCAAAUGACUUGCCAGAGGGUCGGACAGGUCCUUCCUGCACCUUGCAUUAAUUUUCUUACUUAGGAGUAAGGACUGUUUGGGGGGCACAUGUUUCAGAGGUUCCCGCACCCCCAACCUGCAACCCGGGAAGACGGUUCUAACAUUAUCGUCUGGCUUCUGGAAAUCUUGUGAAUGUUGCCAUCCUAACUUAGGUCUUAAUUUAAGCUUAUGCUUCGCAGACGGCACUUGGCGUAUUUAAAGAAGGAUACGUUUGUUUAUUCCCAGGAAAUAGGGCCUAGCACUUGAAAUAACUGAAUGACCUAGGAUCUUUUGAGAACCAUGUCUGAUUUCUCACUUUAGGGAAAAGAAUGAUGUGUGAAAUUGAUGAAUGGUGUGUUCAAGAGGUGAAUCAAUGCUUGUGGCAAAUGGAUCUCAUUUGAGAAAAACCCGAAGCAGAGUGUCUCACAAGUGUAUUUUCUCUGAUGUUUUGAACAAUUGAAAUUAGUAAUAAAUUCUUAUAAAUUAUA